AUGUUAGCUAGUUCCGACGGGAAAGUGCGAGUUUAUAAUGGCCAGACUGGUUUUCUUGAUAAACAGGCAGAUUUAGUCACUAGCUCGGUUGAUAAUUGUUCACGUAUAUUCCUUGGUUAUUUUCCUUCAAAUGAACGUUUAGUAAUUACGAGAGAAACUGAAAUUAACGCGAGAACCCACUCAAAUGGAUCUGUCCUGCUUCAUGGCUUUCUUGAUAAACGCAUUCAAAAUAAAACGGACAAGAUCAGUCUUGAAUUUUACUCAAAUCAGGGCUCCGUUAUUGAACUAUUUCUUUCCACUGUUGAGAGUUUUUACACUGAUUAUGAAAGUUUGGUUAUAGACACUCAUGACUGUCCUAAUCCUAAGUGGAAAACGUUUACCAUUUAUGGUAGUUAUGAAAUGUUGUAUAGUUUAUUCGAUAAGCUACAGCACAGUAAUGCGAACAAAGGUGUGCUUCAGACUACCCCACUGUUUAAGUCAAUUCUGCAUAGAUUAACACGAGCUGUAACGGAUAGUGACAGUAUUUUGAUUUUUACGGCUAUGCGAGAACCGUUCACCAUGCAAAGUGAAGCCCAUAGACGCCUUACAUUUACUCACUGGCCUCACAUGGAUUAUCAAUGGGCAACGCCUUCCACUUUGUCUGAAGCUGGAUUUUACUUCCCAUUUAAGUUCCCACUUGACAUUGUAUUUUGUCUUGAAUGUUUAGUUAGAUUGUCAUCUUGGGAACCAACUGAUGAGCCAUGGAGUGAACAUAUCAGACAUUCACCUCAAUGCAGCUUUGUGUCAUCUCCAAAUUCGAAAAGCAUACCUAGUACAUUUUCAUGGUCAACAGAAACAGCACAAACUCAUUCAAUAUCUGAUGAUCCUAUCAUGGUGCUUACAGCUUCUACAUCAAAAGAUUUUGUCGCAACUUCAACAGUCGAUGGUGGGAUUACUGUUUGGGAUCUGUCGUACUUCAACAGACGUUCAUUAGAAUUCAAUCUUGUGGAUGUAUUGAAUGCUUCGAUAGUUACUACUACUACUACUACCAGUGAAAUGAUUACUAAAUCUCAACUACAUGUACAUAGUGGAUGUCUACUAGUUUCUAAUUCUUCUACCAUGAAAUUUAUCAAUCUUCCACAACUUCCUAAAAUACAUCAUUUAAUUCUUGGUUGUUGUUUACCAUAUUCAGUAUAUAAUAAAUUACACUCUUGUAUGCAUACCAUGUCAACAACUAAUAAAUUUGAGAAUGUUAAAAAUAACAAUUUUAAAAAAUAUCAACUAUGCCUUAUCAUUAUUGAAUUAACUCCAUUGAACAGUGAACAAGUUAUGUGGAUAGCUGAUUCUACUUUCUCUUUAACAACAACAACAACAACGCCAUUAUCACCAUUUUCUCCUAAAUCGAUAUUUCCUAAUCAAUUCAAUAUACAUUCAAUACCGAUAGAUCUUGUCAAGUUUCUUCCAUCAAUUGGUUAUGAUCAUAAUAAUAAUGAUGACGAUACAAUAGAAUAUGAAGAAUUAGGAGAUAUUGAUGAUAAUGAGAAUGAAACUGAUAAUGAUGAUUAUGAAGAUGACUUUGAUGAGGAGAGUUCUGACAAGUUAAGUAGCGUACAUAUAAAUAAUAUCAUAACUGAUUCAGCACCAAAACAUAAUAUUCCAACAUCAUCAGUCAGUUCAAAGCUUAUCGAGAAUGAUUUUUAUACGUAUAUUGGUUUGUCUAGCGUUGUUGAAGAGUUUGUAAAUUUAAAAGCUACGACGGACUGUUAUCACACAUCUUCAAGCAAUGAAUUACAACUAAAGAAAAUAUCUGCUUCAAGUUCAUCCAAUUUGUCGUCAUCAAUAAAACACAUUGAAAAUAAACGAUCUAAUAUGAAUGAAACAACCAGUUCAUUUCUAUGUUCUGACUAUUCUGAAAAUAAAAAUGGUAAGAGUGGAUGUGUUGAGAACUUACCGAAACUUGUUGGUGUCAUACCUUUGUCAGUUACUGCUGAUAGUACUAAUAAUGACCUUGAGAAUCCUAAUUUUCGUAUUUUACAAAUAUCACCACUACCAUUGCAAACAAUAUCCUUCAAUAAUGGUAAUUCCGGUUAUUCUCAAGGUAUACUUGUUUGUUGUGGCUUGUCAAGAUCAUUAUCUCAUGUAGAGCUUCAUCAUAAAACAACUACUGAUAAUCAAUCGAUUGAGGAUGGUGAUUUAUUUUUAUUCGGAUAUAAUGAAAAUGACUGUAUUCUACCUAAUUCAGUUGGUUAUCACUUAGUUAUUGAUGAAACUCCACUUUUGCACAUUAAAUUGCCUGAUCACUAUUGUCCUGUUCAAAUGGAUGUGGUAUCCAGCACUAAUGAUCUACAUGUUUGUUCUUUAAACACUUUAUACCCUUCAGUUAAAUUGCAAUAUGAAUGUUGUCAAUCAUGUGUAGCUGUCAACAAUACUACUUCUUCUACUACUACCACUAAUAAUAAUUUAAAGUUUACCAUAGACUCACCUUUAAUUACCAUAGGAACAUAUGACUUAUCAUUUUGUUGUUUCAUAUUAACAGUAUACAAUUCAUUGUUACAAAUAAAUGUUUAUAAAAAUCUAUUAUGUUAUGCUCAAAUAAUAAUAUCUAAUCCAAUCUUAUCAGUUAAUGAAGAUAACAAUAAUAAUGAAAUAAAUAACAACAAUAUGUAUUGUAAUAUACAAUUUGAUACAUUCACAUAUUGUACUGGUUUAGAAAAUAUCUGUUUAGGCACUGUAAAUGGUGAAAUGUACAUCUAUCAAUUACAUAAUCAUGAAUUAUUUAAAUAUGAUAUGAAUAAACAAAAACGUAUUCAUUUAUAUAAUUCAAUAUUACCAAUUCAUAAACAAAAUGAUGGAUCUUCUGAUGAGAAAAUUGAAUUAUUCUUUCCUAUUCAUAAUCAUAAUAGUAGUCAUAGUAAUAAUAGUUAUUCAUUAAGUAAUCUAUAUGCCUAUUAUAAUUGUCCAUUAGACCAAUGUUUUAUUUUAUAUCAACUUAUUAAAACUAUUCCAUUAGAUUCAUUAAUUCAAGUGAAUUUUCCAAAUCAUAUUGGUUGGUAUGAAGUGGAACUUUUUCCAUUAUUAUCUUCUUCUACAAUAAAACCUACUACAUAUAAUUCUUUUAAUGAAGAAACAUUCAUUCAUAAUGAUAAUAAUACAAUUCAAAUACUUUCUAAAUUAGUUACACGUUAUAUACAAUUAGAAAAAGAAUCAUUUAAGAAAUCAAAAUUAACUAAUGAUAUAUUAUAUAAUAUUUCAGUAAUGUUAAAAUGUGCUACAUUAGCUGUUCAACUUAGUUUAUCAUCUAAUAUAUCUACUCAUUUAUGGGAAUUUAAUACUAAAAAUUGGUAUGAUUAUCAAAAUUUAAUGAAACAAAAUGUUGAUAAAUUGAAUAUGAAUUCAAUUAAUAAAAAUAUCAUACAUAAUGAUUAUGUAAAGUUAAAUUCUCAGAAUAUAUUAUCUGAAUAUCUAUUAGAGAUUAGUUUACCACGAGUAUAUUUAAUUUCACAUUUUAUAUUUCAUUCAACAUUAAAACAGUAUGAUAAAGUGCAAAAUCAAUCCGAUGUAUAUAUAACUCUUCUAAGAAAAAAUAUUCCAUCUAACAAUCCUGUCAGUUUUAUUCAUAAUCCUUCAAAAACCUCAAUAAAUGCCGAUUGUAAUGAAUUUCAUCAUGUAUUGUCAGUUCUUGAUCAUAGUUUGGUGGUACACGAUUUAAACGCUCCAUUUAUCGAUGAUGAAUACGACUGUACACAUUCGGCAGAAUACAAAUCACAAACUUCGGAUGACAAUAUCGACUUCAAUAAUGCAUUACUAUCAAAUUAUUUAAAAAUUCCUGGACGUGUAUAUCAUAUGCCUACUGAAAGCAUCAUCUCAUCAGAACGUCUUCGUGAAUUAAAUGCAAAUAUAAUUGCUGGUCCAUAUUUAUUAAGUGAUUUUCUUAGUAUGAAUGAUCGUUGUAGUAAUAUUCCAAUGACCAGUUCAGAAUUAAUUAAAUCACGUUCACGUUUAUUUUCUGUGCAUAUCAAAAUAAUUGAUGCCAAAAAUGAAACUUCUUCAAAUCUUGAUUGUCAAUCGGCUACUACAGUUGAAAUUCAACAACCACCUUUAUUACUAUCUGAUAUAUUUGCACAAAUUGGUCUGAGUGUUCAUCAGUUUAACACCACCUGUUAUCGUUAUGACCAUCCUGCUCCCCCUAAUGAUUUUGUUAAUGAAACACCAUCGUUAUCAACUGAUCAGCUUACAAUUGUGAAUGAUAUUGAUAAUGAUGGUAAUGGACAUACAUCCUUAAAGUCGUGUAAAAUGCAUACAAUUUUACAUGAAAGGGCUCAACUUUUAGCUAUUCUACGCUCUAUGAAACUUCAUGAAGAUUGUUUUAAUUUUCUUAGCUCAACUGAUGGUACUUGUAAACAUAAUAGUAAUAAUAAUCAUAAUAAAUGGAGAGACUUUCUUACUCAAAACUCCUACCAUCAUAAUAGCAAUUUUUCGUCAGUUAUUCUAGAUAUUUUGAAUUGGGUUGUGUUGAUGUAUCUUCAUGAGUUAGAAUUAUCAUGCGAUAUCGUAGCGAAUUUAUUAAAUUUGGCUGCAAAUAAUUAUGAGAUGUUAAUUGAAAAUGUAAUUGUACACGGUGAUCGUGAAUGUGUUCAACUUGGAACAAAAUUAUUGUUUAGUUUACUCAAAUUAGAAUUUGUCUUCCUAAAAUAUUGCUCUUCAAAUAAUUCAUCAUAUAAAAAGCCAAUGGUUUUCCAUGUAUUACGCAAUUGUCUGUCUACCGAUAGUAAAACUACUACUGAUAAUAAUAAUAAUAGUAGUAAUAGUAAAUUCAUUCGUUGGUUAUUAAUUUGUCAAACAUCAGCUGGAUGUGAAACAUUAUUCAGUUUAUUGGAUUUCAUCAUUUUUUAUUCUUUUGAUGAAUAUCGUAAUAAUUUAAAUGAUUUAAAGGUAAAAUUGUUAUUACAAAAUAAUUUAAUGACUUUACUCAAUACAGUUUCAUUGUUUCAUGAGGAUUUCAAUCGUCUACACCCUUCAUAUCGUUUACCUACAUGUCUUGGUCCACCUAUGCUAUUCAAUCUACCAAUAUGUAAUUGGACUUUCUUAGGUUCUGAAUGCUUACAAUCAACCAAUAAUAGUAAUAACAAUAAUAAAUAUCAGAAAUCAUUUCAUUCAACAAUUCCAAGUACUAGUAAUAAUAAUAAUAAUAAUUCUAAUAAUAUGAAUUUAAAUUAUGAAAAUAUUAAAAAUUGUUAUUCUAUUAAUAAAGAUGUAAUGAAUUUUAAUGGUAUAUUUACACCGAAAAAUUAUAUAACAUUUAUAUCUGAUUCAAAAUUCAAUGAUACUAUUGAUUUAGCGCAAAAUACAAAAUUAAUAGAAACAUCAAAUGAUUUACAAAACAAUGAUAAAAUUGAUGAUAAUAAUAAUAAUAAGGAUUCAUUAUAUCUACUCUCAUCUAAUUAUUCAUCUGAUGUAUCAUAUAUUAAUUUCUCUGAUAUUUUCACAUUAAUGCGAAGUAAUUACAUUAUGAAUAUUGAUAAUUCAAAUAAUAUACAUCAUAUUAUAUUAUCAGAUUUACAAGAUUGGCCAUUCAAUGGUAUAUUAGAUGUGGAACCAUUAAAAUUUCCUUUAGAUAAAUUAUCAAUUCAAUUAAAUGAUGAUUGUGAUAUUGAACGUGUGGAUUUUUUUACUGGUGAACAAUUACCAAUAAAUGAUAAAAAUUCUUAUGUAAUAAAAUUCAAUCAAUCACAAGUUGAAACUAAUAAUGAAAAUCAUCAGAUAACAUCUAUUAUAUCUCAUCUCAUUAAUUCCAUUGAAGCUUAUCAUUUAGUAAUAUCUCGUAUGCAUCCAGGUGCUCAUCGUUCUGUUACAUUUAGUACUUAUUCAUCAUCAAUAAAUUAUUUAACUGAUCUAAUUAUUCCAAUGAAUCCUUGUUUACAAUGUAUUACAUUAGAAGCUAUAUUCAUAGAUAAAUCAUUCAAGAAACCAAUAAGUUCGACAAAAUUAAUAGCUGUAUCUACUGAUAUAAGUCAUUCUGCUUUAAUAUUACGUGAUAUUUAUCCACCAAUUAAAUUUACUCAUUUACGUAUUUCUAUAGUUGGUCGAUUAGAUUGUCCAUUCACUAAAGCACGUAUUCAUUUAGGUUCAUAUUUUGGACAAAAUGGUAUAUGGGAACAAUUUAUACAUCCUUUCAUGAAAACAAAUUCUAAUAGUAUUGAUUUAAUACAAUAUUUAGAAAGUAUUGUAUUAAAUAAAACAAUGAACUACAUUUCAAUUCAACAAUGUUUAAUGAAUACAUUAGACCAAUUUAAUAAGAAUAAAAAAAUAUCCAGUAUAUCAUUAGAUAGUGAUAAUAUCCAAAUAUCAUCACUAUAUAAACAAUGCUAUAGUUUACAAUAUCAAUUGAAUUGGAUAGAUCGUACAUUGAAUCGUUUAAGAAAAAUAUAUCAACCUGAAAAACUGCGUGAAUAUAAGAGUCGAAUUCAUCAAAUGUCUAAUGAACAGAUAAGAAUGAAUUUGUAUCCAGAUAAAGUGAAGUAUGUUUUGGAACAUUGUUUACUGUGUUUGUUAAGUCAUGCAAAUGAAAUCUGGUCAGUGAUAGAACCUCUUUCAUUAUUAACCCAAUCAACAGGAGUUUCACCAUUAGACGAUGAUGAUUACACCUUUUUAAAUUAUGUUGAUAAGUGUUGUACAACAUUUUUAAAUGAUAUGAUUAUUCAUGGUAGUCGUUCAAUGCAAAUUCUUACAGUUGGAUUAAUGCCGGUGUUUAUGAAAAUCAACUCAAUUAUUUUGCCAAUUCAUCAUACUGAUCAUAAUUAUCUUUAUAGAUUCAUUAAUGAAUUUUCUACAUUGAAAAAUAAUUUCUCACUAAUAAAAUCGAAUGAUUUACAAAUUGUAUUUACUAAUGAAUCUAGACAACAACUAUUAUUUUGGGCUAUAUUACAACGUUUAAUCCAUUCUGGAAUGUCUAAUGAUCUAUUUGAUACUUCUGUAUACAUUCUUCAUGAUAUAUGGGAUUCCAUAGAUAAGAAUAAUAAAGAGGAUUCUUUCAACUUGGAGACGUUUCAUAAUAUUCUAUUAAUUAUUGAUACAAUCAUAGAAAAUAGUUGUUCAUCUCUACUUACUGUUCAUAAAUCUUUACAUGAUUUUUUAACAGUAUUAAAUAUGCGUCAAUUAUCAUAUAAUGGUCAAAUAGAUAUAAAUGGUUUAUUAAAAUGGCAUUAUUUUCAUCAAUUAUAUAAUAAUGAUCGAUGUAAUGCUAUAUAUCCUUAUUGUCAAACAAUAAAUACUAAAAUAACUGAUGGUAUUUAUAAAUAUAAUUUAUUAUCACAAUAUCAAUUGUGUAUUGUUUCAUUUUAUCGAUGGCAUUUAGAACAUUUAGCUAAUUUAUCAACUCAAUAUGCAGCUAAUCGUGAUUAUCAUCGCCAAAUUAUUCAGAAAGAUUUAUUCCCAUUGGGAGCAUUGUUUGUUCGACGAAAUAUUGAUUCACAGACAUCAGUAUUAAUGCGACGGUGUAUCCCAGAAGGUAUUCAACAAACCAAUACCUAUCCUAGCAAAUCUUUUAUUCCUCUGGAAACCUAUCAAAUUCCUCAACAACGAUUUCUCUGUAUGUUUGGUGAUGAUGAGUCUUCCGCUGAAAAUUCUUUAAUCCAACUAUUACAGAUUUUAACCGAUGUUACAUUAAAAUUUUUAAAUAAUCUAUUAAAUUUAUCAUCUGUGGAUAAUAGCUCUACAAUGUCAAGAGAGUCAAUUUUAUUUCAGAAUUGUUUUGUUGUCUGUCGUCUACUUGGUCGUAUCUGUUGGCAUAUUUCAGGUGAUCGAAUUCGUCAAUGUUUCAUUCCCGAUGGAAAUAUUUACGAAUCUGCACUUUUUAAAUUCCUAACUAACUUUUGUCAACGUCUUGGUGAUCAAUCGUCUCUUUUGAAUGAUAUGAUUAUUGAAUGUUUAUGCCUUACUCUUAAUAGUGAAUGCAUUCCUGAUUGUCCACAGACCAUAAAGACAGAUAACUAUGGAAAUAUUGAAAGUAUUGAUCUUCAUAAAUCUCAAAAUAAAUCGUGGCCUUAUCCAAACAAUUCUGUGGUAAAUUAUCACCUACAACAAACUACAGAUUUAUUAUGGCACUUAUUACCUAGCCAAUUAUUGAACAGAGCACAGUCUAUUUUACUGAAACCAUUUGAUCAACAUCCCAUUGAUCAUAAUCAUGCACAAAGAAACAGACUUAAUACAUGUUUAGCAACAUCAAACAACAAUGGUCAUUUUGUAUUAUGUGAAAUAUUUUCUGAAUGUAUCAAUCUCAUGUUGAAAGAUGCUAAAUCUAUUGGUCAACUGAAUAAUAAUAAUAAUAAGCUACAAUCGGUUCAUGAUCAUUUGUCUGGUCAACAUCCAUAUCUUACAAAUGUUUUGUACCUAUUCUGUGGAAUUGUUGGUGAACCAAAUUUCAAACCCUGGAAACUUACUUCAAAUGAUGAAACUUUUAAAAAAUGCCAAUGUUAUGUAAAGGCUAAUCUUCAAAUAAAUAUUCAUUUUGAAAGUUUACAAAACGUCUUAAAAUUAUUGGAAAACUUUGUUCAAUCAAUGAAAAAGACACAAACAAGUGAUCAACAUUACCUAUCUUCAAAAUCUGUUGAAUUUUUGCGUAAUUUUUAUACAUUUUCUAUUCAUUUUUUGGCAAUAUCAGCUGAAUCAUCAGAUCUACGACUGUACAUAUUAGAAUCUUCAAGUUUUUCAAUAUUUCUAAAUACUAUACUUACAGAUUAUUCACUAAGAAAUGGUGUAAAUCGUUCAUGUACAUUAGCUUUAGAAGUACUAUUCACAUGGUUUGCAUAUUCAUCAGUGAAACUAAUAAAUUCUGAUUGUCAUCCAUUUGAUAAAUUUUGUCUCGACCAAUUAAUUGGUUUGUUUCCAAAGGCAAAUACUUCAGCUCAGAUUAUUGAAGGUCCAUGUGAUUUACAAGCCGUUCUUUUAACAGCCAUAUGUUCACGUAUUAAAUCAUUCAAUCAAGCAAACACUGUUGACAGUGAUAAUAAUGAUUCUGAUUCACUCCAACAAGAAAUUCAAACAACCAUCACCACAUGUUCCAUGCAUACAAUAUCAAAUUUACCAAUGGAUUAUCUACUUCAACUUGUACAAAUUUUAUUAAAUUAUCUAUGUGGUCAGCUUGUUGAGUUGAAUCAACAAUCAUCAAUGAAUAAUAAUAAUAAUAAUAAUAAUAAUAAUAAUAAUAAUAAUAAUAAUAAUAAUAAUAAUAAUAAUAAGGCUUAUUUGUCAUGUUUUUCAUGUUAUACUACUGUUGUCGAUGAAGAAUAUGAAUCAUGUCAUAAAAAUUUCACCUUAUGGUCCACACUAACUAGUAAUCAUAUACGACGAAGAUUAAUUAGUGAUCCUUCUAAAAAUACUGUACAAAAUCCGAAUGAUCAAUCUUCAACUACUAAUACUACUACUAGUACUACUACACCAUUGUCAAAUUGUUCCUCAUCAUUUAUUCGACAAUUAACCUGUUGUUAUUUAUAUGGUUUAUGCUCUACAAGUGGAAUGUAUUCACAAAUUCUAUCUAAUAAAACAUACAAUGAUAAAUGUUUAGCAUUGAUUCUUGGAAAUCUUUGUAGAAUUCUAACAGAAACUUUCAAUAAUAUACAUGAUAAAUAUAAAAUAAAAGUAUUUUUUAUCAAAAAUAUUAAAUUAUUUUUAUCCUCAUUAAAUUUUGCUCAUAUCAGUUCACCUAUGAGUACAAUGAUUACAUUAUCUUGUAUGAUUAAUGGUUGGAAAACAUUGAAACAUUUUACUCAGUUAAUUAUUAAUCAUUUUAAACCAUUUAGUAUAUGUGAUUGGUUAUUUUAUUGUGUAAUUAUUGUUAUGCAAUCUUUGGAUUCUAUGGAUUCUUCGUCGUCGUCAUCAUCAUCAAUGGUAAUGUCAAAAUCUACAGUUACAUUCAAAACAUACUUGUUACAAUCGCUUAUAUCUCCAAUUCCUUUAAAUUCAUGCCCAUUAUUUCUAUUAUUAGCUUUAUGUAUUGAAUCUAAUUUAGAAUUACACAAUAAUGAUAAUAAUGAUCAUGCAAAUAUUAUUUUCAAUACUUUUAUAAAUGAUACUAAUAAUCGCAAAUCUAUUAGAUCAUCUUCAUCUUCCAUUAUUUCUACAUUAUCUUCUUUUGAUAAUACAAAAUUAUAUACAAUCAAUGCAAUUGAAUUAGGUCAAGCUUUAUUACAACAAUCAUUUCAUUAUAAUAUUCCAUAUUAUCAACAAUCAUCUGUAUAUAAUUUUCAUUAUUUAACUAAUUCAUUACCUAUUGGUUUAUUUGGUCCAAUUCAUUUAUUCAAACAAUCUUCAUUAGAAUUUCAUCAAAAUAUUGCCAAUUUCAAUUAUCCUUAUCAACAUCGUUUACAACCAAAACAAUCAACUCAUAUUAAUACUAAUUGUCAAUGUAUGAAUUUACUUCAAUCGAAUCAACAUAAACCUAUGAAAAUCAAUUCUUCUUCUUUUCAAGAUGAUAUUCUUGAUGAUAACAAUGAAGAAAUGUAUUGUGCUUCAAUGACAAAUUAUCAUAAAUCAUUCAUUGAUUUUGCGCCUAUAUCUUUUAUUUAUUCAGAUAUAUUAGAUGAACAAAUGACAUCAUUAUGUCAAACAUUAUCUAUUAUGAAUAGUCAUAAUGAUAAUUGUGAAAAUAUUAUAUUUCCAUUAUAUUUAGGUUUUUCAUCAUAUUCAUUUGCACCGAAAAUAAUGUCUACAUCAAAUCUUCUAAAUGAUGUAAACGAUUGUAAUAAUAAUACCAAUAAUAAUGAUAAUAACCAUUCGUCAAAUCAAAUUCCGGAAAACUUCAAUUUGUCAGAUUUUAUUAAAACUAAUUUUGUUUUUCAUAGUAAUAAAGAAUCAUUACAGAUUAUUGUAAGAUUUCCAUUUUUAGUACAAUUAGAAUGUGUACAGUUGUCAGUGAUGAAUCCAUUUCAAUCAGCCAGUCAUGUGACAAUUGAGGUGGAACUAUAUCGCGAUUUACCUGGUGGUUCUCGACGAACAUUUAUCAGUGCACAUAAAAGUAACGAGUCAUCAUUGUCAAAACUUCAUACGAUCAAUUUUCCACCACGGUUGAUAUCACAUGUUUUAAUAAGACUGUAUCAUGCUCAGAAUUACAAUAAAACUCUUCGUGUGAACACUUUACGCUUAUUAGGAAGACACGCAAAUGAUAAUAGACUGUUGUUCACAGAAACUUGUGAAAAUAACUGCACAAAUGCAAAUAAUUUAGCUGUUGAGAAUUCGUUAAAUAAAAUCAGACCAAUUGUUUUACUACAUCUGUUACAUAAUGAAAUGCUUUCACAAUUAUUACCAAAUAUAUUCUAUUCAUAUCAAUUUAUCAAUUCAUUAUUACACUGUUUACAUAUUGUUAGUUCAGAUAAAAAAUUAUCAAUGUGUACACGUCAAUUAAUACAAAUGGUUGCAUGUCAUAAUCAAAUUUUUGAAAUGAUCAGUCAUAUAUAUAAUUUUACCAGUGAUUGUUCAUCUGAUAAUGAAUAUAAGAUAUUACAGAAUGAAUGGUUUUAUUCACCUAUCGGUUAUAUUAAUGAAGUUGAUAUGUUUUGGAAAUUAUGUCCUUCAUCAGCUGUAUUGUGUGAACGUAUUUUACUUGGAUUAUUGGUUAAUACAGAUAAUGGUAGUAGAAAUAGUCUUGCUAAUUAUAUAUUAACCAAAUUACUAAAUGGUAAUAACGACGAUGACUUAACAAUAAACUGUGAAGAUGUAUCAUUCACAAGUGUGUCGAAAUCAAAUCAGGAUAUAGAUAAUGAAUUCAAUUCAUCUUAUUGGUAUGGUCCAUUAGCUUCAUUAACAUCUACACCAAAUCAACGUUUAUUUGCAUGGUUAUGUUUACAUCAAGAUGCUGGACAAUCUACACGUAUUGAACGAAUCAUUAAUUGGUUAAGUCACUUCAAUGAAUCUAUGAUAAAACAAGAUAUUCUUUCUCAUAAUCGUCAAUUAUUGAAUCAUUGGUCUCAAUUAAUAUUGAUUUUUUCAAGUGUUUUAUGGAGUUUAAGUAGUGUUACUACCACUACUACUACUACUACUACUACUACAGCAAUAGAAAUGAAUCAAUGUUCAAAUUUAUGGCAAAAAUAUGUGACAAUUGAUUUUAUUAGUUCUAUUUAUGAUUUAUACAUCUCAAUUAUAAAACAUUAUCAAAUUGAUUUAUCUAUGAAUGAUAUUGAUGAUGAUAAUCCUAAGAACUCAAUCGUUGAAAUUAAACAAUUUACCAAAGUACUAAUCAAUUUAAUGUGCUCUUUGUGUACAAUCCAACCAAAUGUCAUUUCUAUACUUUUAUCAAAACUUUUAAUAAUUCCUACAACACAUUCAUUAUUUAAUCAAUAUGAUAAAUUGUUAUUCAAUAGUCAAUUGAAAGUAUUCAGUUCAAUUCUAUCAUCAGAUCAUAUUGUUUAUUCUAUUUUCUCAAUUAAUAAAUCGAUAAAUACAACAGAUCCAUUUAUAUCAGAUAACUUCUUUUAUAAUUGUUGUAUAUGGUUAUCAAAUUAUUUCUCAAUCAUGAAUAAUUCUGAAUCUUCUUCUUUAUAUUCUUCCACUAGAUCAAUUCUUACCAUUGAUUUAGCUCUAAGAUAUUUAUAUAUAUUAAAUUAUUUCAUGCAAUCAAAUCAAUCUACAAUAUUACGAAUUAUUCUUGGACAAUUAAUCUGUGAACAUUUAUUUCCAAGUGUAUUUUCUUAUUUUACUAUGAUAUUAUCAUCAUCUUUAAUUCAAUCUAUAUCAUUGAAUAAUUUGUAUAAUAAUCAUUUUGGUUCAAGUAUUUAUGAGAUUCAUCAACUUCAACAAGCUAUUAUUACUUUGUAUCAAACAGUUAAAUUAUCAAUGCCAUUUUCAAAAUUAUCUAAACAAUUCAAUUCAUAUCAGUUGAAUUUAGAAAGUUCAAAGUUGAAAAUGAAUUGUUUAACUGAUCGUUUGAUUGAAACAUUUAAAGAAUCAUUUAUGAAGCAAAAUUUCAAACUAUCCAAUUUUAUAUCUGAACUAUUAUUGGCACAACCUUUAUCAUUAACACCUGUACCAUUUAAACAAACAAUUGCAGUAUUCGCAGUCACUUCAAAUCAUCCACACGCAUCGACUGAUUUGCCAUGGCCUAUAACUGGUCCACCAGUUGCAUUCAAUAUUCAGUCAUCUGAACUACCUAAAUCUGGAUUAGUUACAUUUUUAUGCAGAGAAAUCCAUCAGUCUGUUUCAAAUAACAACCUAGACUAUUCCAUUCAUCCUAGUCUUUCAACAGCUUUAUUAUUGAUCAAUAUUUAUCAUCCACCAGAAUACACUGGAACUAAUCAUUAUGAAUUUGAAAGAAGAAUUUUAGUGAAACAUUUGAGAUUAAUAAUUUAUCAUUUAUUGCAUCCGUUCACAAUGAAUCGCACUAGUAGUACUACUAAUAAUAGUAGUAUCAAUAGAAAUGUAUCAAGUUCAACUGAAAUAAAUACAAUCAAUGAUUUUGAAUUAUGUCUUAUUCAACAUACACCAAAUAUUGGUCACAUUAUAUCACCUAUUGAUUGGGAUAAUGGUAUAUUUUUACCAGAAGGUUAUACAGAUAAUUGGACUAUGGAACAAUUGAAUAAAUUCACUGAUGAUCAUCCACUUGUGAUUAAUCAGUCUCGUCUACUUUGUUUAUUAAUUCGACCAUGUGAACAUGCUAAAUUUGCAUUUCAUCCACCAAAAGCAGUAACUGAACCAUCAUCAUCAAUAAUAAAAGAAUUCCAAGAGACUAAUUCCACACCUUCUUGCUAUUAUUUAUUAAAAACAUUUCAAUCAUCAUUUAUAUGUGAAUUUUUAAAAUCUGGUCUAUUACAUUUUAUAGCGAAUUCUAUUGUUCAUUGGCGUAUUCCAUGUUUAUUAAAUAAUGUACAACGAAAAAGAGAAAAUUCUAUUUUAUCAUCAUUAGAAACUCAUCCUCCUCCUCCUCCUCCUCCUCCUCCUCCUCCUACUACUACUACUACUACUACUACUACUACUACUAAUAAUAAUAAUAAUAAUAAUAAUAAUAAUAAUAAUAAUAAUAAUAAUAAUUGGAAUCAAUCUAUAAAACAAUUUCAUUCUUAUAUUACUUUCUAUUUUAAUAAAUUUUCAAUAAAUAUUCCCAAUAAAUUCUAUACUUAUAAAUUAGACCACUUAAUAAUUAAUAAUUAUCAAUCCAUUCCAAUAAAUAAUAAUCUUGAUAAUAUUGAAACAAUGAACAUGAUUCUGCCAAUACAUUGUAUCAUUACUUAUAUAUUAUUAUUAAGAAUAACAGAUUAUGAUUAUAAUUUAUUAAACUUAAUUCAAUCAUCCACGAAAAUUAUGGAAUUAAUAAUUAAAUAUCAGUUAAAUUUAGUUUAUGUGCCAAGUUAUUUAAUUCAAUUAGCUAAUAAAUAUUCUAAUUUAUCAUUAUGCACAGAUGAUAAUCAACAUUUUCAUAUAAAUAAUUAUCCUACUUAUAAUUUACAAAGUAGUAAUUUAAUUCAUUCAAAUAUUUUACCAUUUCAAUGUUUAUGUUAUUUAUACGAUAAUAAUAAUAAUAAUGAUAAUAAUAAUAGUAAUGUUCGUGGUAAUGGUCAUCAAUCUCUAUGGGAACUACGUUGGAUACAUUUAAAUUCUGGUGUAUUACAGCUUAUCUUAAGUUUCAUGUAUGUUUUAUCUCAUGGUUCAUGUGUAAAUCUACCGCAAAGAUUUGAUGUGAAUGAAGUGAAAACAUUUAUUCAUUCAAUUCAGUUAGAUUGUAAUAAUAAUAAUAUAUAUAAUAAUAAUAAUAUUGAUGAAGAUGAUUCAUUAUCGCUGACUAUUCAAUCAAUCAAUGAACUUUAUAUACAUUUUAUCAAACCAGCUUGUAUAGAUUUCGAACGUGAAUUAUUUCCUUCAAUAACAGUAUCUAAUCAAGAUAAUAAUAAAAAGUGUAAACAAAACACAAAUUAUCAAUCAUCUCAUACUAAUUUCAAUUCAAUACCUUCAUCAUCUGGAUUAAUAUCUGAUAAAAUAAAUUCUAAUUUAUGGGCAAAAGGUACAGGUUUUGCUACAACUCCUACAAUAAAUGAAACAUCAAUUAUAAAUGAUCAUUCAAUUAAUAAUAAUCAUAAUAAUAAUUUUCAAUCUAAAUGGAUCCGAUCAAAACUUCAACGUGAAGAUCAAUAUGCAAUUAUAUUAUGUAAUACAUUGAGUGGAUAUUUGUCUACAUUUAUGCAAAAUUUAAUCAAUACUGAUCAAUUAUUCGAAUUAAUUAUUAUUUAUUUUAUUCAUAAAUUUAAUUUAAUUAAUUUUAUCGUUAAUUAUUUACGUAAUGAUUCUAUCACAGAAAUAAUUAAUCGUCAUUUAUUAUAUCAAUCAAUAUUUCAAUUAAUUCGUAGUAUUAUUUUAUGUCCUCGAUUACAUUGGUUAUUAACAAUGAUUCAAAGUGAUUUAAACAAUGAUAAUCUUGUUCAUUAUAAUGAUAAUUUAUAUCAAUGUUUCAUUUUACAAUCAUUUCAUUCAUUUCAAUUAUAUUGGCAAAAUAUUAAUUUGAAUGAUAAUAAUGAUGUUGAUGAUGAUGAUGGUAACGAUGAUAGUUUAGUGGAGAAUUUAAAUUCAUCAUGUAUUAUUGUCUUAGUGAAACAUAUACUAUUCUAUUUGUCAAAAUAUAAGGAACAGUUAAACAAAUUAGGAUUAAUAAUUGAGCCCUCUGAAUCGGAGCAACCGUCGAAACAAAUUACCUCUAAGUUUAACAUUGAAUUACACCCAACUAGUCCUACCAAUACACAUAUUAGUAGUGGUGGUCUUAUUCGCCGUUCAUCAAUACGAUAUCGUAAUUUUCGUAAACAGCACAUUAAUGAAAAUUUACUAAAAAAUAUACAUUUUAAAAGUCAAAACGUGUAUAAAUCAUCCCAAACAUUCAACACUGCUGAUAUUAUUAAUUCUCAUUGUUCAACUUCUAAAACCUAUGGUUUAUUACAACUGAAAUCUGGUUUCUAUGAUCAGUUCGAUGUUAGUGACAGUAAUACUAAUCAAAUGAGUAGUGAAGACAGAGAUCAACUUUAUACGGUAAUAGAAAGUAAUGCUGAGAUCAACUGUGGUGGUAACGAUGAUAAUCUUAACACUGCUUCUGAAAAUGUUCAUGAUAUUCAUUCCGAGGUAGAAAGAGAACAGGACGAAAACGGAAAUGUUCAUUGUGAGAUUAUUAAAGAUUUAACCGAAAAUGCUAAUCAUUCUCAAUCGAUUAGUAAAGAGAAUAAUCUUGUAAAUGGUGAAUUUCAUAGUCAUUUUCAAAAUGAUAUAUUGGAUGAUAAUCCUGAAAGUACUAACCAUGAAUUCAACAGUGAUAGCAGUUCAACAUAUGUAAAUCAAGAGAUCCUAAUCAUUUUUAAUGAACUAGAAACCACAUAUAAACUGCUUAAAUUAAUUUUGAAAUAUCAACAGUGCUCUGGAAAUAAAUCAUUGAUAAUGAUGAAUAAAUGUCAUCAUAAUGAGGAAGAUAAAUUUACUAAUAAUGAUCACAAAACUACUUUACAUGAAAUACGAUCAACUGAAUAUGGUAACGGCAGUGAUAGGAAUGGUACACUACAGAUUCAAACUUCAUCAAUUAAUUCAAAAAUGCUUUCAACCAAUAAUGCUUAUUGUACAGCUUUAAAAUCUAUACAUUUUCGUACGAUCAAAUUUUUUUCACCUUCCGUGAAUAAUACUGUUUCUUCAAUAGUCCCACAUGGAUAUGCGAAUUUAUGUGCCCAACAUGAAGGUUUCAUCUUAAUUAACAGUUUUAAUACAAAGAAAUUAUUCAUUUAUUCCGCGUCCACCUCUACCUCUGGACUAAAUCCUGAUCAAUCUCAUAAACUGUCAACGGUUACUUCUACCACUACUAGUUCUCAAUUGAAAAUAACCCCCAAAAAUCGAUCAUUUCAUCGGUUGCAACGUCUCGCUCAAGAAAUUGUAACAUUGAAUACUAGUUUACCAUUGUCCGAAAAUGCUAGUGUGUUUAUUUGCUGUGAAGAAAAUCAUUUGUGUUUAUUAAAGGCACUAAUUACUGGACCUCCUGAUACUCCAUAUGCAAAUGGAUGUUUUGAAUUUGACAUAUACACACCGCCAGAUUAUCCAAAUCAGCCGCCUUUGGUUGAAUUUUGUACAACAGCAAAAAAUACAUUCCGUUUUAAUCCAAACCUGUAUGAAGAUGGCAAAGUAUGCUUGUCAGUGCUGAAUACAUGGCAUGGAUCAAGCGAAGAACGAUGGAACCCUCAAACAUCAAGUUUAUUACAAGUAUUAGUAUCAAUUCAAUCGUUAAUUUUCGUACGUGAACCUUAUUUUAAUGAACCGGGUUUCGAGUGUACCAUGGGAACGCCUAAAGGCAUAAUUGUCAGUUACAAAUAUAAUGCUCGUAUUCGUGUUGCAACUGUUCGUUGGGCUAUGAUUAAUCAAUUAAAGCAUUUACCAAUUGGUUUUGAAGAGGUAGUUUUAAAACAUUUUCUAAAUCGACGUUCAUUUAUUAUUUCUCAAGUUGAACAAUGGAUAUUUGAAAUGCGUAAUCAUGUACAAUUUAAGAGCGUAGAAAUCUAUGUCAAAGAGCUUGAAGAUUCUUUACCCAUCUUGAAAACGGAACUUAAUCGUCUAGAAGGACGUCUUACUGAUUGGAAUGAAAAACAUAGUCAAAUGUAA